CUUAUUUUCACUAUUUCUCCCCAACAUCUCUCACGUUUCAGGCAUCGAGCCUUGAUAUCAUUGUUGAGACCCAAAGAAUAUAAAUAUAGAACAUACAAUAUCUCCCUGGAGGGCUCUCUACCCAAUCACUGCAACACAACGUCACUGGACCAUCACAUGACGUUCUCAGUCCGGCUCUCCGAGAUCGACGGGUGUCCACCCUCAUUCAACGACACAAUGCAAACGACCUGCUCAAUACUUUCUUCCCCUAUUCAACAUUUUGAGGCACAAACUGGGCAUUCAUACUUUGAGACAGCAGAAAAAAGCCAGGCCCAUGGCGUGAACGUAUUCUCUUCUAUAUAACCGCUAUCUUCACCAAUCAGUAAAUCACUACGGCAUAUACCCGAAUCAUCCUGGUACACCGCAUCCAACUUGGAACCCCCCACCACGGCACAGCUUGGGCUCUAGUUUCAAAAGGUGCUACGUCGGUGGUCUCCUGAAAUGUCACCUUUAGCGUUUCAGGCCUUAUAGUCUGCCCUUAUCACGCCACCAUGCCCCUAUUUCGAGAUCCGGAUCGGAGACGUCAUUAUCUAUGGUCACCCGACCAUGGCAAUCGUGAACAGCCGACCACGGGGUCCUCGCAGCCCCAGCUAAAUGAUUUCAACCGCCGUGAAAUAGCUGCUCCAGAAAUGGCAUCCACCUCUAUGCAUUCAACGGCCUUGAGUCCGCCCAGGUCGUGGGCGAAUGAUCGGGAGGAGCUCAUACACCGUAUCAAAGAAUCUUCGCCCUGGAGACUUCAACAUACGUCCCAGGAUAGGGACAAUGAUUUAUUUAUCUCUCGAAGUUCACGGGAGCAGUCACAAACAGCAACAAGAGAGCAUGAAGACCGCUCUCUUGACCAAGAACAUCACAUCAAACCAACAGAGGAACUGGGAUCGCCGGCCGAUAUCCAGAGACCUCGAUCCGCAUUACAUUCAGGCGAUUUCAGGGAAGGCUCCACAGAUCCCCAUGACUCACACGCUCCUGGAUCUCCUUUUCCUAAGCCGACUUCGGCUUCUCCUUUUGCUCAUUUAAGCUCCUCUCCCACUACUCCCUGGUUCGGAGCACCGACCUUGCCACCCGAUUUGCGGAAGACAAGCACAUCGAAUGAACAUCAUCAGUCCGAUGAUAUUGUGAAUGCUCGUGCUCGUGCACCGUCAGUGGGCUCAUUCUCAUCAAGUUAUGUUCUAAAAGCUCCUACCAGCCCCCUGGUAUACCAAGCAAAUAAUACCGACUUGGACUUUUCGUCCCGUGUUGACCAUGUGGACGUUUCGGGGCCUUUGGAGAUAAAAAACCGUCGCCGUACUUUGCCACCAGAGACCUUUGGGAAUCUCCAACUCUCCCUGCCGAACAAUCAAAUUCCCAACCUUGGCAGUCCAUCUCCACCCAGACGGCAGCAAGAUAUCUUCACCAAUCAAGCAUCUUUGCCUCGCCGCUCAUUGACUUCGGCAUAUAGUCUUCAACUCGCACCGUCCCCCGGGGGCCAGAUCCCACCAUCACGAGUAAGAAGGCCGUCUUUUGUCUCUGACAUCUCGUCAAACCCCCACGCACCAAUGGUGGGGUCUUACGAGGAGUCAAUAUUGCGCGGAAGAAUGUCAAUGAAUCCUUCCAAGCCACUGGAUUUCACGGCUCAGAUCGGUGUUCUGGGAAAGGGACAAUGCAAAGGUCAUCUCAAAUGUCCGCCACAUGUUACAGUACCAUUUCCAGUUGUUUUUUACAGCUAUCCGACCUCGGGGUUCGGCCGCUCAAUCUCAGACGAUAAUCCGAGUCCCUAUGUUGGACAGAUUGACCUGGAAAAUUCCCUCCCAAAAGAGAAUCCCAAUCCGACUCGACGUCGCAGGCGACAAGCAAGUCCCAAGGGACCCCUUGGAGGCACUCCCACCACAGGUGGAGCAAAUGAGACUCCUACGUAUUGUGUUGAAUCACGACGCCGCCGGGAAAAGAAGAAUCGCAGGUCAGAAUCGCCUAAAUGUCCCCCAGGGGGCUCUUACCGGAUUCCGCAACAAGGUCAACUGCAAAUCAUAAUCAAGAACCCGCACAAGACUGCGGUCAAGCUUUUCCUAGUUCCAUAUGACCUCGGCGAUAUGGAACCUUGCACAAAGACCUUCAUUCGGCAACGCAGCUAUUCGGCAGGUCCGAUCAUCGAUAUGCCGCUCAGUGCACGCAAGAAUUUUGGGACCGAUCGCCCUGAAGCUUCCUUGAAUCCCACAGAAGACCCUCAGGACAAACCUACUUUGCGAUACCUCAUUCAUCUGAACAUCUGCUGUCCCGCGCGCGGUCGCUUUUACCUACAUUCGACUAUUCGGGUGGUGUUUGCAAACCGUGUCCCGGACGGCAAGGAGAAACUACGGAAUGAGAUCCAAAAUCCCGAGCCUAGGUACACUCCGUACAAGCCCUCCCGAGAGUCUUCCAUCUCGAGUACUGCAAGCGCAAAUACACGCCUGGGAGUUGAACAAACUUCCCGCAGACGGAGUGUGGGCCAGGGAGCGAUCCCUCACAUUCACCCACAUGUGUCAUCCCCCAGCGAGUUCCCCUCGCAUGUUACGGGUGGCCCUGGAAAUACUCCUCCCUCGCAUAGUGUGUCUCGGUACAACGAGCUCACCAGGGGUGCCGACGAUUACGGACGUAAUGCUCGUAUCUCGAAUCUAAGCGGCCCAGAAGCCAACGAGAGCCUGCUUGCCAAGCGACUCCGAGGUCUCGAUGUGCACAGGCCUGAAUCCACAGUAGAUGAACGACAUCCACGCAAAUUGGGCUUCUAUGAUCGACCAUCUCCCACCCACAACCACCGUCCUCGCUGAGCUGAACGGACCCACCGCAAUAUACUCCAAGAACCUCUACCUCGUUAUUCAGUAAAACAAUAACACCACCUAUCUCCCACGUAUAUCUUGACCCUGACUUGACAUAUAACCUCAUUUCCUGUCUACGCCACCCUCGAAGAACAGCACAGAACAGCAUGACAAUAGGCGCAACUGGUUUGCAGCCGAUCCCCUCUUUUUACUAACCCACAUAAUAGCGUCGAGUAUUUUUAUUCAUCCUGGUUCACGCCCAAGCGAUGUGUGUAUUUCUCUUCUUUAUUGGACGUCCAGUUGAUCUGCUUUCAUUGCCUGUGCUUUGUGGAUAUAUUGGGGAGCCCAGGCGCAUGGGUCGUUGAUUAUACCCCAUUUCUAUAUUUCUUUUUGUUAGGCUAACUUGGUGAAUUGGGAAUUGGUUACAUAUAUUUCACUGCGUGAACUACGUUGCUGCACGUUUUUAACUUUCGUGUCUGCCAACAACGUAAAUUUACAGUAGAUAUAUAGUUAUUUAGGAGUUUUCACAUUCGAGAAUGUU